UUUGCCUAUUCACUAAUGAAGUCUCUGAGAAUUAUUUUCUGUCUAACUCUGCUGAUUGCAAGCUUCCCAGCUCAGCGGAGCCGCCGAAAACAGAAAUUUGUACGCCUUCCUAGUGGGUUCACGUUUCCUGCGGAUGCGGCGAGUAAUUUUCAAAGAGAUGCGUAUAUUCCAGCGACGUUUGCCCCGCCAUCUGAGAAGAUUCUUCAAGCUCCACCACGCUAUUUAACUGGAGAACACAAUCCAGCUUAUGCUCACAAUACCGAUGUGCAAGGAAUGAACUACGCUGAGUACAAGCAAGCGAUGGCCCCACAACCACAUCCAGUCGAUGCUUAUUCUCCACCACCUCCUGCACCAAUGGUCCCACCGGUUACUGUAGUUGAACCACCUGCAAUGCCGUAUGAAAUGACUACGAUUGCAUCUGUUGGACCACUUACUACUCCCGCAUCAGUCGGCUUGAAGAAGGGAAACAUCGGAGGAAUUGCUCAAAACUUGAACGACAGGUACACCAGCUUAACACCAGAAGCUCAACGUGCUCAGAAAGGUCAUACCUAUACGGCUCUGGGCGGUGGACAAUUCUAUCAAAGUUUACUUGGAGGGAAAGGAGGCCCCGGAGGAUUCUCCCCACUCUCGUUCUUUCUAAACGGCGGUCUAGGAGGUACUGGUGGUGGUGGUAACAAUGGAUUCUUCGUUCCGGUGCCUGUAGUCAUUCCGCCUCCACCGCCACCGCCACCAGGACCAAACUGUUUCACGAACCCGUCGGGAUUCCUUUGCUGUAACGUGACACUUGAGAAAACUAUGGAAGACGCGUACCUGGCCGCAAAAGCAGAUGGUGCAUCACUGUGCAAUGUACAGAAAAUGGCAACUGCAGUGCAAGCGCAAGCCGAAAAAAAAUUCGGAACAACUUUCGAAUCAGUCGCUGCUCAUUCGGACUUCGUCGCAAAAAUUAAUUUUGCCGGUGACCUGAACUGUAAAAUAGAAAUCGAUGGGAAAUUCAUACUAGCGUACGCAACUCCAAUCGCCGAGCAAGAGGUGAACAUUGUCGAUGCUAGCUCAUUCUUCUCGGGAGCUGCUGAUAAGGAUUUGGAUGGUGUCAAUGGUACCAAGCCCACCUACAUUGUCUACGGUCCCAUUAAAUAAUGGAGGGUCUAGCUUUAAAGAUUUCUGUAUAUUAAAGCUGAAAUGUGAAUUAAU